GGAAACCCCGCGGCUUUAGUUGUUUCUACUCUCCAGAGUGUCAGCUAGUUAUUUGUGAGGAGGCGCUGUAGCCAUUUCGCCACAUGAAAGCCCGAUGAGCUGAACGACCAACAUCCGAGUUGCUCGCGGAGAAGAGAAAUCAGCUUUGAGGAGCUCCUCCGCGCGCACACACAGACGUGAACGAACUCGCGCGCAAAGACGCACGGCGCACACACACACUCACGCACACUUCCUCCUCCUCCGCCGUGGAAAAAAAGAGAGAGGGAGAGAGAGAGAGGAACAGAGAGGGGCACACGGAACGCAAACUUCCAACUCUCCCAUGUGGAAAGCAGAGGUUUGAGGAUACGGUAUAUUUUUCCUCUUCGGGGCUCUGUUCCCCCCCCUCUCUCCCUCUCUUUCACCCUCUCUCUAUGUGUGUUUUUGCCCGGAUAGUUGGGUUUCUAUGAGAGUCUUGCUCGGCGAGAAGAGAAGUUUGGUUGUUUGCCUGGUCGGCUGAGGAGGAGGAGGAUAAGAGUCGGGUUAAAAGUGGGGGAAGAUGGUCCGUAACGCCGCUUGGAGAAGAAGCUUGCUGUGCGUCCUGGCGCUCAGUCUCGGCUUUGCGUCCCCACCGUGCAAUGCUCGGAUUUACACCAACCACUGGGCAGUCAGGAUAGCCGGGGGACCCGAGGUGGCCGAGCGGAUAGCGGAAAAAUAUGGCUAUAGGAACCUGGGACAGAUUGGGGAUCUGAAAGACCACUAUCAUUUCUUCCAUAGUCGGACCAUCAAGAGGUCGACUUUGUCCAGCCGUGGUCGUCAUAGUUUCAUCUCUAUGGAGCCAAAGGUGGAGUGGAUACAACAGCAGGUGGUGAAGAGGAGGAUCAAGAGGGAUUACAAGCAAGUCCCGCCUGUUUCUCUAUCAAGCCCUGCCCACAGCAGCCCUGCCCAGAACAACAUAUUCUAUAAUGACCCCAAGUGGAGCAGUAUGUGGUACAUUCACUGUAACGAUGACGUCCAUAACUGCCAGUCAGACAUGAACAUCAUGGGGGCUUGGAAGAGAGGCUACACGGGUAAAGACGUGGUGGUGACCAUAUUAGAUGACGGCAUCGAGAGGAAUCACCCAGAUCUCUCUCAGAACUACGACCCUCAAGCCAGCUUUGAUGUCAAUGGCAACGACAUGGAUCCCAUGCCGCGAUAUGACGCAACCAACGAGAACAAACACGGGACACGGUGUGCGGGUGAAGUUGCUGCAGCCGCAAACAACUCCAAUUGCAUUGUGGGAAUAGCCUACAAUGCCAGAAUAGGAGGUGUGCGCAUGCUGGACGGAGAUGUAACAGACAUGGUAGAGGCCAAAUCUCUAAGCCUCCAGCCACAGCACAUCGACAUCUACAGCGCCAGCUGGGGACCUGAUGACGAUGGAAAGACUGUGGAUGGGCCAGCAUCUCUGGCCAGGCAGGCCUUCGAGAAUGGCAUCCGCAUGGGGAGGAAGGGACGUGGCUCAAUCUUUGUGUGGGCUUCAGGCAACGGCGGGCGCAGCAGAGACCACUGUUCCUGCGAUGGUUACACAAACUCCAUCUACACCAUCUCCAUCUCCAGCACAGCUGAGAGUGGACGCAAGCCUUGGUACCUGGAGGAAUGCUCAUCCACGCUGACCACCACCUACAGCAGCGGGGAGAACUACGACCGAAAGAUUAUCACAACUGACCUGAGACACCGGUGUACAGACAGUCACACGGGGACAUCAGCCUCGGCUCCCAUGGCUGCUGCCAUUAUUGCUCUGGCCCUGGAAGCAAAUCCUCUUCUGUCUUGGAGAGAUGUUCAGCAUAUCAUUGUAAAGACCUCCAGAGCCGGACAUCUCAGCGCACCUGACUGGAAGACCAAUGCUGCUGGUUACAAUGUCAGCCACCUUUAUGGCUUUGGCCUGAUGGAUGCUGAGGCGAUGGUGAAGGAGGCGGAGCGAUGGAGGCAAGUCCCUGCUCAGCACGUCUGUGUGGAGAGCGCAGACCGACAGAUCAGAACUAUCCGUCCAGAGCAUGUGGUGCGGUCGGUGUACAAGGCGACGGGGUGCACUGACAACCCCAACCACCAUGUGAUCUACCUGGAGCAUGUGGUCGUACGUAUUACAAUCACACACCCUCGCCGUGGAGACCUGUCAAUCAACCUGACCUCACCCUCAGGGACCAAGUCUCAGCUGCUUGCCAACAGGUUGUUUGAUCACUCCAUGGAGGGUUUUAAGAACUGGGAGUUUAUGACCACCCACUGCUGGGGAGAGAAAGCAGCAGGCGACUGGGUCCUAGAGAUCUAUGACUCACCUUCUCAACUCCGCAGUCAGAAAGUACCUGGCAAGCUGAAGGAGUGGUCGCUGGUGCUGUACGGCACCUCUAUGCACCCGUACUCGCCUCUGCGCAGUGAUAAGCCUCGCUCCACAGACACGCUGACGCCCACCGACGAGGAGUUCACAGAGGAGUACAACGGCCCAUGUGACUCUGAAUGCAAUGAGAAUGGCUGCGAAGGUCCUGGACCCCAUCAUUGCAACAACUGCCUCCACUACUUCCUCAAGUUCAAGAACAACACCAGGAUGUGUGUGUCCGAGUGCCCUAGUGGCUUUUUCCGCGAUGACAGGAAACGCUGCAAGAAGUGUUCCUCGUUGUGUGAGACCUGCGUCGGUAGCCGUAGCGACCAGUGCACCACAUGCAGGGCUGGCUCCCACCUCAGCGAGGGCUCCAACACCUGUGUCGCCACCUGCGUCGAUAGCUUCUACCUCGACCAAGAUUCCAACAUUUGCAGGAGAUGUCCAGAGAACUGUAAGAAGUGCACCACCUCCAAUAUCUGCACAGAGUGUAAACCUGGAAUGAGUCUUCAAGGAAACAAGUGUCAGAUGACCUGUGACCCAGGGACUUAUUACAACGGCCACCGAAGGACUUGUGAGCCCUGCCAUCGGGCCUGUGCCACUUGCGCAGGUACAGGUAUAGAGGCAUGCACUAAGUGUGCGGACGGCUACUUACUGGAGGACUGGCGGUGUGUGUUAACAUGCAGCACUGGCUACUACCUGUCAGAGCAGACCUCAGACAACGGGCAGGUGCAGAGGUCCUGUAAGAAGUGUGACCAUAGCUGCUACGAGUGCUUGGGGCCGGGUGAAAGAAACUGCAGCAGCUGUGUCAGUGGUUACAAUCUGGAGGCCGGAGCCUGCGUGGUCAGCACUAUCUGCAAAGAUGCAAAUGAAGAAUCUUGGGCGGAAGGCAGUUUCUGCGUGCUUGUUAAAAAGAACAAUCUUUGCCAGAGGAAAGUGCUGCAGCAACUGUGCUGCAGAACAUGCUCGCAAAAGGGGUGACGGGAAGUACUCACUGAGCAUAAAGGGAGUGCGGGGUAGGGGGGACACGUGGGGGCACAGGGGGCACCCCCUCCUUCUCAACCCCCCCCCCCCACCCACUCAUUCACAGUCACAUAAUUUAUAAGAGAAUCUGUGCCUCUUAAAGGGACUGCAUCGGAGGUGCGAUGACAGGACUACAACAAACCUACCUUUUUUUCUGUACUGGGACACACACAUGUGGUCAGGGUGUAAAAUGACUGGGACUUACUUCAAGAACAAACAAGCAAAUGAAAACAAAAGUGAAAACAAACAAAUGAAUAAAAGUGUCGGUAUUUUGUGACCAAAGCAUCGAUGCCAAAAUAAUUGAACCUUCUUUUUUUGUUGCCAGUGUAGGGUACAUAGCUAAGACAGGAGCCGCUCAGCCUGUGAAUCUCUGAAUACGUCUGUGUGCAUUUUUAUUUUGGCUCCUCCUCCUCUUUCCAAUGUUAACGAUGAACAGAUGGAAACUGAACAUACACUAGGAAAGGUUUUCUGCCUGUAAAUAUAUGUCAAAGGAAAAAAAAGAAGCUCACUCAGUAAUGUGAAAAUAAUGUCUGUCUGGGCUGACUUUGGCUUUGGAGGGGAGGGUAGACAAAUUCUCACACACACACACACACACACACACACGCACAGAGCACAGAUACAUAUAUAUGUAUACCACAUACAAUAAAAAAACAAAAACAUGAGUUUACACACAUGGAGCUGCCUCCACUUGAAGUUGCAGAUGCUAAAGUGUCACAGUUUCCCAAGACUGAUGCACGUUACUGACCAAAAUCACCUCAUUUCAUUUAUUUAAAAACAAAACAAAACAUGAACCCGCCCUCCGAAUAGUAUGUGUGUUUGUCUUUAUUGGUGUGUGUAGGAGAACGCCAUUAAUUCUUGAUGUAAGCCCAGACGGCAUUGAUUCAUUCCAGAGGUACAAGACGAGUCGAUAGUCUUUCCUUCCGGAGCUUUCUGCAGGAAAGGAAAUGCAGCAGCGAGUUGUAAUGAAUUUGUGGUACCAGGGAUGCACCGAUGCCCAUUUUUCACUCAUGAUGCAGAUUCUGGUGACUAAAAUAUGGCCCAAAACUGACUAUUGAUUCCAUCCAUUACUGUGACUGGACGAUUUAAAGCACCGCCAUUAUUUUGUUGUCACUGGAUAAUAAUAAUAAAAUAACAAUAACUCAUAUUUUUAGUUUUAUUUUUUAUUUUUUUUACAGGAAUCUGCAGUUCUCCUACAUGUGAUUUUCCACAUAUGUAACCCAGAUAAAAGGGAAUUUUGAAAAAAUUAUUUCAAAUGGUCAGCUUUGUAUCGGUGCAUCCCUAUUUGUUUCUGCUCUUCAUCAUUCCACUAUAAUGGCAAUGCAUAUCAACUGUAGUGUUACUUUACACUUUCAACAUAAAAGGUCAAUGAUCGGCACAGGAAACAUUCUGUCGCUAUCAUAUUUCAUCUGCAGGUAAAGAUCUCUGACAGGCAGACAGACGGUGGCAAACUGCCGUGGUGCAAAUCGGAGCUGUGACUGUUUAACUUUCAGUAAGUUCACCAAAGUUCUAAAUUUAUACAUAGAAACACAUUUGGGUUCAGAACUUCAUGUUCAAUCAACCCAAGAGAAAUUGGGAAAACGAACACAAUGAAGCAAUCAAUUUUUAUUUCUCUAUUUACAUAUUAAUUGUUAGAACUGAAAGUGGACUUGUUGAUGGCAUCGCUGUGGAAGCAAGAGUGUGUCAGAAAUGUUAAAUCAUAUCGAGCCAAAACUAUACUCAUGUCAGGCCGACAGACGUCAGAUGUCUGGCUUAUUCUUUCUGUCUGUCUCCGAACCUUACCUGGUGGAACUCAAAGCUUAUUCUGGUGGUGCUGUUUUCUAAUAAAGAACAGCAAAAAAUAGUGUUUAAGAUUCUUCUAUUCUAUUUGUGUGGGUUUUCACACCCACAGCUUGAGCAUUUACAAUAUUAGAUGAAUUGUUGUAUCGUCACCUGGUUAUGGUUCUUGAUGAUUUGUAAUAAAGAUUGAUGAAUCCCCUGUUUUGGUUAACAAAAACGUAUUCUUGGUCAUUGUUUAAGAUGACUUGAAUUGACUUUAGAUUGUGUGCUAGUAGUCACACACACAUACACACACCCACACCCACACACACACACAAACCCCUCGUAUAAAGCUGUUUUUAUUGUGUACCUGUGACAUAUCUGUGACAAUGCAUUAUUAAUGUUACUCAAAGUCCUAGUUUUGAAAAUCUUUUUUUUUACUUAAGUGUUCUUAUUAAAAUGUUUAAUCUGUU